CGCCCCUCUGCGGGUCACUUUUUGAAUUGGCUGCGGCCGCCGGCGGCGAGGAAUGGCGGUAAAAGUGAGAAGGGUCGGUUCUUGAAAAGGUGGAACUUCCAGGGCGUCUUUUGAGAGUGCCAUUGCAGAAGAGUACAAAUAAUGGCUGAAAAUAGUGCAUUAACACCCACUACUGGGAGUACAAGCUUGGCAGACUCUUCCAUUUUUGAUUCUAAAGUUACCGAAACUUCUAAGGAAAACUUAUUUAUUGGAUCUACUUCAUAUGUUGAAGAAGAAAUGCCUCAGAUUGAAACAAGAGUAAUACUGGUUCAAGAAGCUGGAAAACAAGAAGAACUUAUAAAAGCCUUAAAGACUAUUAAAAUAAUGGAAGUCCCUGUUAUAAAGAUAAAAGAAAGUUGUCCUGGAAAAUCGGAUGAAAAAUUAAUAAAAAGUAUUGUUAAUAUGGAAAUUAAAGUGCCAUUUGUAAAGAUGGAAUCAGUUGAAGAACUUAAAAGUUUGGAUUCUCCAGAAUUUGAAAAUGUAUUCAUAGUCACGGACUUCCAGGAUUCUGUCUUUAAUGAGUUAUACAAGACUGACUGUAGAGUUAUUGGACCACCAGUUGUAUUAAACUGUGCACAAAAAGGAGAGCCUUUGCCAUUUUCAUGUCGCCCACUCUAUUGUACAAGCAUGAUGAAUCUAGUACUAUGUUUUACUGGAUUCAGGAAGAAAGAAGAACUAGUCAGAUUGGUGACAUUGGUUCAUCACAUGGGUGGAGUUAUUCGAAAAGACUUUAAUUCAAAAGUUACACAUUUGGUGGCAAAUUGUACACAAGGAGAAAAAUUCAGGAUAGCUGUGAGCCUGGGUACUCCAAUUAUGAAACCAGAAUGGAUAUAUAAAGCUUGGGAAAGGCGGAAUGAACAGGAUUUCUGUGCAUCAUUUGAUGAGUUUAGAAAUGAAUUUAAAGUUCCUCCAUUUCAAGAUUGCAUUUUAAGUUUCCUGGGAUUUUCAGAUGAAGAGAAAACCAAUAUGGAGGAAAUGACUGAAAUGCAAGGAGGAAACUAUUUACCUGUUGGAGAUGAAAGAUGCACUCACCUUAUAGUUGAAGAGAAUAUAGUAAAAGAACUUCCAUUUGAACCUUCAAAGAAACUUUAUGUUGUCAAGCAAGAGUGGUUCUGGGGAAGCAUUCAGAUGGAUGCCCGAGCUGGAGAAACUAUGUAUUUAUAUGAAAAGGCUAAUACACCUGAGCUCAAGAAAUCAGUAUCACUGCUUUCUCUAAAUACCCCAAACAGCAAUCGCAAAAGACGUCGUUUAAAAGAGACACUUGCUCAGCUUUCAAGAGAGACAGACAUGUCACCUUUCCCUCCCCGUAAGCGCCCGUCAGCUGAACAUUCCCUUUCUAUAGGGUCACUCCUAGAUAUCUCCAACACACCAGAAUCUAGCAUUAACUACGGAGAAACACCAAAAUCUUGUACUAAGUCAUCUAAAAAUCCUACUCCAGUUCCUUCAAAGCAGUCAGCCAGGUGGCAAGUUGCAAGAGAGCUCUAUCAGACUGAAAGUAAUUACGUAAAUAUAUUGGCCACAAUUAUUCAGUUAUUUCAAGUGCCAUUAGAAGAGGAAGGACAACGAGGUGGGCCUAUCCUUGCACCAGAAGAGAUUAAGACUAUUUUUGGUAGUAUUCCAGAUAUCUUUGAUGUGCACACUAAGAUAAAGGAUGAUCUUGAAGACCUUAUUGUUAAUUGGGAUGAAAGCAAAAGUAUUGGUGAUAUCUUUCUUAAAUAUUCAAAAGAUUUGGUAAAAACGUACCCUCCCUUUGUGAACUUCUUUGAAAUGAGCAAGGAAACAAUUAUUAAAUGUGAAAAACAGAAACCAAGAUUUCAUGCUUUUCUGAAGAUAAACCAAGCUAAACCAGAAUGUGGACGGCAAAGCCUUGUUGAACUUCUCAUCCGACCAGUACAGAGGUUACCCAGUGUUGCAUUACUUUUAAAUGAUCUUAAGAAGCAUACAGCUGAAGAAAAUCCUGACAAAAGCACUCUAGAAAAGGCUAUUGGAUCACUAAAGGAGGUAAUGACCCAUAUUAAUGAGGAUAAGAGAAAGACAGAAGCUCAAAAGCAAAUUUUCGAUGUUGUUUAUGAAGUAGAUGGAUGUCCAGCUAAUCUUUUAUCUUCUCACCGAAGCUUAGUUCAGCGAGUUGAAACAGUUUCUCUAGGUGAGCACCCCUGUGACAGAGGAGAACAAGUAACCCUCUUCCUCUUCAAUGACUGCCUAGAGAUAGCAAGAAAACGACACAAGGUUAUUGGCACUUUUAGGAGUCCUCAUGGCCAGACCCGACCCCCAGCUUCUCUUAAGCAUAUUCAUCUAAUGCCUCUUUCUCAGAUUAAGAAGGUGCUGGACAUACGAGAGACAGAAGAUUGCCAUAAUGCUUUUGCCUUGCUUGUGAGGCCACCUACAGAGCAGGCAAAUGUGCUGCUCAGUUUCCAGAUGACAUCAGAGGAACUUCCAAAAGAAAACUGGCUAAAGAUGCUAUGUCGACAUGUAGCCAACACCAUUUGUAAAGCAGAUGCUGAGAAUCUUAUUUACACUGCUGAUCCAGAAUCUUUUGAAGUAAAUACAAAAGAUAUGGACAGUACAUUGAGUAGAGCAUCGAGAGCAAUAAAAAAGACUUCAAAAAAGGUUACAAGAGCAUUCUCUUUCUCCAAAACUCCAAAAAGAGCUCUACGAAGGGCUCUUAUGACAUCCCAAAGUUCAGUGGAGGGAAGAAGUCCUUCUAGCAAUGAUAAACAUGUAAUGAGUCGUCUGUCUAGCACAUCAUCAUUAGCAGGCAUCCCAUCUCCUUCCCUUGUCAGCCUUCCUUCCUUCUUUGAAAGGAGAAGUCAUACUUUAAGUAGAUCUACAACUCAUUUGAUAUGAAGCUUAAAAAAAUCUUAAUUUGUAGAAACUUUUAAACAACCUCAUAUUCAAAUAAGAAACUGACUUAAAUGGUACUUGUCGUUAGCACUUGGUGAACGCUGGAAAGAAGGUAACACUAAACUAUGCCAUUUUAUUUUCUUCUUGAAAGAGUAAGGUUAACCUCUUACAUUUUUUGUUAAUUCAUGUAAAAAAUUAUAUUGAUUUUGAUGUAAUUUUUCUCUUUGUUGAAUCCAAUUGAAGACCAGUCAUUUAAGUUAUUCAUGAUAUUAGUAACUUUGCCACGUGAUACAGUAAAUAAAUUUUAUUGGCUGACGCCAAAUACUGCUGUGAAUCUCUUUGUAUAGUGUCCAUGAAUGAAUUUUUGGAAAUAAAUAUCUGUGUAUCUCAAUUUGUUCAGAAAUUAAGUGAUACCACAGUACUUACUAGAUAAAAACCUGCAUAGAUCUCUGAAUAGUGGGUUCUUGGUCCACAUGUGCUAUUUAAAGUAGUUAUUUAACUGCUCCUUUUGCAGUUUAUUUAAUAAAUAAAGAUACAGCAUGUGGAUUUUAAAAGAUUUUCCCCUAUUAACAAGAAUAACAGUUAAAGGAGAUGGUUUCAAAAUACGCUUGCAAAUUGAGAUAAGGGCAGAAAGAUUAGAAAAUAAUGUAUAUUUUGCACAAACGUGAUACUGGUGUAUACUUGUAGCUGUUUAAGGGACAAUAUACUUAUGGUGAUUUUAGCCACUAGCAAAUCUUGAUUUAGUUUGAUAGUGUGUGGAAUUUUAUUUUGAAGGAUAAGACCAUGGGGAAAUUGUGGUAAAGAUUGUUUAUAUUCUUUAUGAAAUAAUUCUAAAGUUGGCUAACCUGCUGUAAAAUACAUAGAUAAGUGUAUGGUCAAAUUUUUAUCAUGGCCUCAUAAUUAAGUGUAAAACUGAAAUACAUUUAUUUGCUUUUGUAAAAUAUUUUUCAAACCCUGAUGUCAUCUUUCACAGUAGUCUUUUUUUUUUUAAGUCAGUAAUACAAAUUAAUCAAGUUCCUAUGAAUAAAUGCAUUUUUAUUUCCUACCUGUUUAGGGAGUACUGCAAAUGUUUAAUUGUCACCUAACAAUUUUCAGUUAUCAGUUAUAAUAGUUUAACUGACUAUAUAGAUUUUUUUCUAUGCCACAUAUGUACCACUUUUAAAUAGUAAAUGAUCCUUUAUUGCUAUAUUUUAAAAGCAGUUGUAUUAGGAAGAACUUUGUAAAUAAAUACUUAAAACCCAA